GAAGCCCGUCAAGACUAGCUGUAGUCAGUGUCGCUUGAGGUUUGAUCAUAUAAACGUUAUCACGGACGAAGAAUGGUUUGAAGUCCUGCCGGAAGUCGGAUACUUUUUCGUCUGUCGUUCUUAUCUUUUCAUUAACUGCCUUUUUGGUGGUCGUUCCUGCCUUAAAGAAAGCAUUAAGCUUCAGCUGCUGACGUUCUUUCGCUAAAGCCUGAUCUUCCAAUGCCUUCUUCUGAAGUUCUUUUUCAUGCUGCCGAUUUUCACGCUCCAAACGCUUUCGUUCUAAUUCUCGUUGCCGAGCCUGUUCACGUUCCUGCCGUUCUUGCUCACGCUUCCUUUUUAACGCUUGCUUCUCCUCUUCUUUUUGUUGACGCUUUUUCUCUCGAAGAAGUCGUUCUUGCUCACGUUUUCGUUGCUUUUCUUCUUGUUGUUGAACUUUCUGUAAACGUUUUACUUCAGAAGGCGUCAUUUUUGUUGCUUCCAACUUCCGUUUCCUUUUUCCAGGAAUCAGAACUUGAACAUCAAAAUUCCUUCUCUCAUUUACAGGUUCAUGAGUCACAAUUACUGGUGUUUUACCAUUAGUUCCAACUGUAUUUUCGUAUCCCACCUCGAUGGAAUUGAAACCCUUCACUUUUAGUAACGUUCCGUUGGAUUCCAAUUCGUUAUUCGCUUCCUUAGUGGUUUCUCCCGAGCUAAUUAUCCGUUCUUCAUCUCCUACAUCUACAUCCAUGUUGUUGCUUUUUGUAGUGUCUAAUAAGUGCCAGAUUUUGUGGAGGAAACCUUGAAAAGUAACAAGGAGGGACACACAAAUUCAACAUCUAAAGGAAUCAUUAAAAAGACUAUUUAGUCACAUUAUCCCCCAAUCUCUUAGCGAACAAUCUUAGAGCAGAUUGAAAAAGGAAUUGCAUUUUUUCGUCAUCUCCCUUCACCAGUUCACCUGAACUGUGUAUACAUUAAGUUAAUCGAAAAAAGAAGCUCAAAAUUAAUUCAUUCCCUACUCCCGGAGUACUAUUAAUUAAGGAAUACCUACUUAUUUAUUAUUAACUGCAUUUAUCGGCUUAGAGAAAGGAUUCUGAUAUCCAGGAAUCGACGAAAAAAUACUUUCGUCCCUUUUCUGUGAGAGCAACGUCUAAAUAAAUAUGACAGAUCCACGUGCUGGAUUACCGUGGUUGAGCAAGGAUGGUUCCGAAAGCAACCCGAAUGAUGCUCCAGUAGCACAGGCAGCAGCUUCGUCUACUAUAAAUCCAAAUGCAGCGCCAGGCCGCAUACCGGCUCCUGUAGAGAGAGAAGAAAGAGGAUCCUACGUCCAGAACCUUCGUAGAGCCAAAGCAACUGUUUGGACCGAUCAGGGCCGACUCGCUCCUGUGAAUUCACUCAACUCACGCAAGAUGUCUCAACAUAGCAAAAAAGGCUUCAGCAAAAGUCUGGGUAGCAUGCGUUCCAGAGUGUUCUCAAGUCAGCAUCAUAACGUUCACCAUACUCGGCCUGCAUCGUUACAUAGCAAGGCCACUGCUCCUCAGCACACACUCUUAACUCCUAGACUUUCUGCAACAGAAGGCAGAGAUGAUGAUGAGGAGGACUUUAAAAUUGCGUCUGCAAGCCAGUCUUUUACAUUUACUCCUUUUGCAGGCUCUUCGCGUGCUAGUUCUAUGCACAGUACGGACACUCCUUCACUUAUGGGAAUGUCUAUGCAGUCGGCAACUGGUACAAACUCGCCGCAUUCAGAGGAAAGUGCCUCCGGAAGUGGCUCUCCCACACAUGAGUUACAAUCGUAUCUCGUCACUCAUCGCUCCGAUAGUUUCAGUUCAUCAGACUGGGAAGAACCAGCCGAAGGUGCCAAACGUUUCGUUGUCACAAAUGCUACAGAAGAAGAUGAACUGGAUAGUGACUAAAACAACAGCGAACAAAUUAACUUGCAUUAUUUCAUUGUAAGUGUCUGCCUCCCUUUUUAAUGAACUUCAUCUAAAAGUGUUUUUAUGAGCAAUGCGUCGUUUUCCUCCAUCAACUUUUCCGUUAACAAGAUUCCAUACGUUUUUUCCAAAAGACCUCGAGUGUUCGGGGGGAGUUGUUCGCUUUCUGCAUUUCCAACAGGAUGAUCAUCCUUUAACAUGUGAAGUGCAUCAUUUAGAGCAUUGAUGCAUCUGUUUGCCUCCUGUUUUUCUUGUGGAGUGCCCUUUUCCAAUGCCUUAAUUACCAGCAACUCGUAAACCUUGAUAUUGGGCACAAUAAGAACACGAAUUGCUUCCUUUCCCAUUGUUUUAAGACCGAUAAUGGCGCCAUAGUGAGUAGUGAAAGGCUUUGUGUUAUCAAGAAAAGCCUUCAACAACGUUCUUGUAACACGAGGCUUCAAUGUGUAAUAAACAUCACCAAAUCGAUCACAAAUAAUACCCAGGAGGUAUGCGGCAAAAUCUCGCAGUUCAUAAUGCUCAGUGUCCAAACCUCCUGGGCCCAAGUACUUGGCAACCAUACAUGUCAGAAUGGGAGGAAUUAGUUGGUGAAUAUAAGGUUCAACGAAAAGAUUAGGGUUAUCCAGCAAAGACCAAGCCAUUUGCAUAAGGGUUUUCAGAACGUUGUGAUUGCUUAGGUUCUGUGUGACGGAGUCGGACAGGAAAAUGAUAAAAUACGGCAGCAAUUGAUGAAGACCCGGGUCAGUACGUAAACUCGACAAUGCAGCAUUCCUGAGUUCUGCGUUUGAGUCUGAAAGUAAAGCGUUUGCGAUGCGUUCAAAGUACAAUUGGAGUUCUUUUGAAAGAACGUGUCGAACAAGAGGCUUCACUUCAACAUUAUCAGCUGAAGGAAAAACAUCGCUUGUGCUCUUUCCACCUGCCGACUUUACACCAGCAGCACCAGCUUUCGCUGACCAGUCUCCACCGGCUCCGGAAUGAUCUGCAGUUGUUGGAUUUUGAGGAAUGGUAGGCUGAACGCCCUCGAUUGCCAACCAGUGAGCUGUGUACGUAAUAUCUCUCGGGAUUUUUGGUAAAGGCGCGUUGAUUACUUUCUCAAAAUCAAUUUCCUCAUCGUCCAAAUAGUACAAUGAACUUUGACCAGGUCCAAGAGGUGCCUCAUUAAAUACCACUGGCUCAUUUGAAUUGAAUCCAUACAAUGGUUCCACAUUUAAAGUACGCAAAGCAGCAGAUAUGUCCGAGUUCGUUAGCACACGACGUUUUGAAUGCCGCAUAAACUUGAUUGCUUCCUAAACCAGUUAAUGACGGAACCUAAUUCAAUCUGGUAACAGACUAAUAAAAUCGACAAUACUGAGAAAGCAAACGGUAAACAUGAUGAAAUAGAGCAGCCUACACUAUUCCUAAAUCCUUCGUCUGGACUUUUGUUUGUAACACGUACCUGUAUAAUUUGAUGAAUUCUGUACUCUAAAUCCAUAGCAAUUGCUUUUGCUACAUCGUCACCCAAGUUUCCAAUCCCAAGC